GUCAGCCAGUGUCCCUGGAAGCUCAAAUGCAGCUGCUGGCAGUAAUCGUCGUCUUCAGCAGACUCAACACCAAGUAGAUGAGGUUGUUGACAUCAUGAGAGUGAAUGUGGACAAGGUAUUGGAGCGAGAUCAGAAGCUGUCAGAGUUGGAUGACCGUGCUGAUGCACUGCAAGCAGGAGCUUCUCAGUUUGAGACCAGUGCGGCCAAGCUGAAAAGAAAGUAUUGGUGGAAGAACUGUAAGAUGUGGGCAAUAUUGAUAGCUGUUGUUGUCUUUAUCAUCAUCAUCAUUAUUG